CGUCUCAGGCCUUUCUGCUGCGAUGGAAGCAAGACUUGUCAAAGUCCAAUGCAGAAAUUUGAGCUUGGACGUUUGGAAGGCGAAGAGGAGUUCUCUGAAGAAGUAUCUCAUUCACACUGCAGUAAGAUGGAAACUUCUCCAAGCACAAUGGCUGGUAGUAAGAAAAUGCUCAACUGGCCCCCCUUUAGUUCACAUUGUCAAAGGGGGAGAAACGUUGACAUCAAUUUCAAGACGAUAUGGAGUAUCCAUACUUGAAAUUGCUGCAGAAAAUGAUAACGUAGUCAACAUUGACAUUAUUUUUGAAAGUGAAAGGCUAAAUAUACCAAUUCGUUCAGAAAAAUUUGACAUGGAGCCAGGCAAUCUAUGUGAUCCAGCACUCGGUAGAUGGAGAACUCUUUCAAAUAUCCAAUGGACACAUGCAAGCCAGAAAGUUCUAUCCAAGCUGUCCUCUUAUCACUCACAAAUUGCCAAACCCUGUGGUUAUCCUCUCCUUCUGAUUCCUCUCGUAGCAUUAUGCAUCUGUUUUUUAAUCAACGCAUUCCUAGGUAAAGCUAUGAAGAAAACAAAAGGUCGAGUAACAAACAAAUCUGAGGCACCUCACUGUGAAUUGAGAACAGAUAGGUGGAGAACUAUUCUUGAUGAUGACAUGGUAUCAGAUACUCCUGAUACUAUCUCUGCCAAAGACUUUGCCGGAAGUGAUCCCUUUGAGGAAGAUCAUUCUCCUGCCUGUUCUGAAAAGAUGUCCAGUGAAUACAGCAAGCUUGAGUCGAAAUACCUGAAAUUUCUCUCUGAUUGUGGAAUAAGCCAAUGAGGGUGUCAUGGAGGCUCUCGAGAACGAAAACUAGCAUUGCCCUGACCUAAUUUAAGUUUCAGUUAGUUAAUGGACGCUUAGGUUUCGACAGAACCACAGCUCAACCCAUGUAUAUAAGCACGGCUUAUUGAGAUUAAAAUGUGUAUACAAUGUAAACCCAAUUUAUUUCAACUUUUCAACUAUUAUCAUUUGUAAUUCUUGGGCUGGAUGCGAUCGCAUUCUUUUAGAAUAUUCCAGUUAAAAGAUGUAAUAUUCUCUUAUUAUUAGUGGAGUGUUUCUCAUUGA